CUCUCUCUCUUCUUUCUUCGGUCGUGUUCUUUCUUUUGUCUUGGUGUGUACAGCUUAGUUCAUGGAGAGGGCUUGGAUUGUGGAUGGUCCAUGGAUCGCAAGGAAUAUAAAGAAUGCGCCUGUGUCUUCAGCUUUGCAUAUUAAAGAGUGUGGAGCUUCUAUCAACUGCCCUAACUGCUCUUACCGCGUAGACAACAGCAAUGUACUGGCUCCUUGGCCAGGCCUUCCUAAAGGUGUGAAAUUUGAGCCAACCGAUGAAGAAGUGAUUGAGCAUCUGGAAGCUAAGUGUGGUAUUGAUGGCUUAAAACCACAUCUUCUUAUCCAAGACUUUAUAUGUUCAGUCACUCAAGAUGUUGGUAUCAACUACACUCACCCUCAAAACCUUCCAGGUGUGAAUAAGGAUGGAACUAGUGUCUUCUUCUUUAACAAGACGGCACAUGCAUAUCAAAAUGGGCAGAGAAAGAGGAGAAGGGUUACACCAACUAGUUUGACUGAUGAAUCGGUCCGCUGGCACAAGACUGGUCAAACCAAACCGGUGAUAAUCAAUGGAGUCCAGAAGGGAUGCAAGAAGAUCAUGGUGCUUUACAAGAGCGCGAGAAAGGGAUUAAAACCUGAGAAGUCUAAUUGGGUUUUGCACCAGUACCACUUGGGAACAGAAGAAGGCGAGAUUGGGGAAUUUGUUGUCUCUAAGAUCACAUAUCAACAACAAAAGCAAACGGAGAAAACUAUCGAUGAGAGUGAGGGUAAUGGGGUUCGAGGUGGCCCAAGCACACCAAAAACUACUACUCCUACACAAGCUAGACCUGUGGUUUCUGUUGAUGAGGAUGAAAUCACUUAUGAAUCAUUUGUUGAGGGACUGGAGAACAUUCAAGAACCUUCUUUUGGUUCGACAUCAGACAGAAGAGCUCAAGUGGCAGGGAAUGUGAGUGUUACUGAUGAUAACUUGGUGUCCAAGAAAAUUGAAGCGUUGUCGUCCCUUGUAAAGAAGAACCCUAAUCAUCAUGGGAAUGUUGACAUUGGAUCUGGAAACUUUUCAGUUUCAGAAUUGGAGAAUGCAGAAUUAGGGACUCUCCCUGAUUUGCUUUCCGUGAGAACCUUAAAACACACACUUAAAAUUUAG